CCGCCCGCCCGGCCGCCCGCCGGGUACAAAGGCAUUGACAUCAUCCGGGAGCGCAGGGGCAGGUUUCUCUCCCUCUCCUGCAUCAGCAGCUGUUCAGCCUCCCUGGGUGCCUGGAGCUGGGCUGCGCUUUUAUCCGCAGUUCCUGCUCCCCUUUGCAUUGCCGGCGCUGGAGGGGAGGGGUGCGGGCGAACAAGUGAAAGGCAGAGGCUGGGGGUGCGCCCAGGGGGAGUGCAUCCAUUCACUUGGCACACUUGCACCCCAAUUCCCCUCUCCUUGCGUUUCUUUUUUAAUCCAUUGUUUGCUGGUUUUGACAUGGGGGCCGUGGGGGGACCAGUCUGGUUUGGAUGUGCUGGCCUUGUCUGCCUGGUCCGCUUAGAAGAGCUGUAAUAUUUCUUCCCCCAAAACAUACAUACAAAUAUUUUUUUUUUUUUCACUAAGUCCCCAGGGGGAAAAUCGGAUUUUUUUUUUUCCUUGCAAACGGACGCUGCUCUAGACAGGAACAUGGCCAAAAUUUCCUUGGAGGAGUCGAAAGAAGACUUGAGCAAAAUAUCUGAGGAGGAAUUGAUGAGAUGGAGCAAGGAAGAGCUGGUGAAAAGGCUGCGGAAAGUCGAGAAUGAGAAAAUGAACCUGAUGGUGGAGCACGGCAACUUAAUGAAGGAUGUGAACCGGAGGCUGCAGGUUCACCUGCAUGAGAUCAGGGGGCUGAAGGAGGUCAACCAGAAACUGCAGGAUGACAACCACGAACUGAGAGAGCUCUGCUGCUUCUUGGAUGAUGAUCGGCAGAAGGGCAAGAAGCUGUCCAGGGAAUGGCAGAGGUUUGGGCGGCACACGGCCAGCGUGAUGUGGAAGGAAGUUGGGGUGUAUCAGCAGAAGCUGAAGGAGCUGGAGGCAAAGCAGGAGUCCCUCAUGAGGGAGAACAUGGAGCUGAAGGAGAUAGUCCUCAUGUUAGACGAAGAGAGAAAUGGAGCUGGCUCCAGGAGCUCCAUAGACAGCCAGGCCAGUUUGACCAAUUUGAAUGGGGGCUCUGGCACCAGGGAUGUGGGGGAUGGCAGUAGCACCUCGAGCACUGGCAGUGCAGGGAGCCCAGAUCACCACCACCAUCACCUCAACCAUCACAAACCCGUCGACAACAAAGCCGGAGCCAUAAGGAGAUCUAUGGACGAUUUGUCUGCACCUCUUCACCACAGGAGUAUCCCCAAUGGCCUCAAUGAUUCAUCUUCCAACUAUAUCAGGCAACUUGAAACAAAAGUCAAACUGCUGGAGGAUGACAAUAAACUCCUUUCUCAGCUGGCUGACCGCAACUGCUUGCCAAGAAAUUUCAUUAAGCAGUCUAGCACCGGGGAUUUGAGGACUCUAAGAAAAGGGUUAUCCCCGUACCACUCUGAAUCUCAGCUGUCGUCAUUGCCGCAGUAUCAAGAUGCCAUGCAAAAUGGCCCAACUCGUAUGACUCCCGAUCUUGCUUCCUCUCCUUCAGCAGGAUAUGUCCCUGUGGGUCAGAAACCUGAGGCUGUCGUGCAUGCUAUGAAGGUCCUUGAAGUCCAUGAAAAUUUGGACAGGCAAAUGCAAGAUAACUAUGAAGAAGACCUGAGUGAAAAGGAGAAAGCAAUUGUUCGUGAAAUGUGCAAUGUUGUCUGGCGAAAGCUGGGUGAUGCAGCCAGUUCCAAACCAUCCAUCCGGCAGCACCUUUCUGGAAACCAAUUCAAGGGUCCGUUGUAGGAACAUUGAAUUGAAUACUGGGAGCCACUCUGGAAAGAACGAGAGAGCUGAUUGUUUCUAGCUGCCAGUUUUUGGGGGUGUUUUUUUGGUAACUGUCUAUAUUGUAAAUAUGGCAGCUAAUGGCGUAGUCUGCAGGCUUGGGUGAUCUGGAACCUGCGUUAAAUGGGUCAACCAGACUUGUGUCAUUUGUAUUGUAGUGUGAAUCUGCUUUGUUGUACGGUCUGUAUGUAGAAUUACGUAACACGAGAGAAUUUGUAGGAGGAAAAAAUGAAACCUUAACCUGUGGCGAUGUUACGAUUUGUAUCGCUUGUGUCCACCUGCUUGUUAAUCGAUUCAUACCUAGGCUGGCAGCUUUUAGCGUGGUUUUGGAACCUCCUGAGGAAAGAGCAGUCUGAAUCCGUUGGCUUUGUGGCCGGCCGGUUCUUGAGCUACUAACGCUGCUUCACGAUCCUUACUUUUGGCAGGGGGGACAUGCAACUGUUCUCAGGAGAUGCCGUAGGAAAUACUUUUGUGGAGCAAGAAUACAGUGAGAAAGCACCUUGUACGUUGAACUCUGUUGACCAUGACAAGUAAGUAGCGGACACGAAGAAUAACCCGAGGAGGCUCCAUUUCAGCUGCCUCGUGAACUGCUGUUUGUGGAAUAAAUGACACUUAAGAUUUCUGCAGUCAUAAUGUGAAUAACUUUCAGUCCUUUAGCCACACACACCAGUAUUCAGUAUAAAAACGGUAACACUGUUCCUGUAAAGCUUUUGCUGUAAAACACUUUAACCGAGAAGAGUUUCCUCAGCAACGUAUAUGGCGCACAGUAUCUGUGAAGGAAGUUCAUCCGUUGGAGCCCGGUGUUUCAAUAAGUAGCUUACUGAAAAGAGCGUUUUAAUGGGCUUGUUGAAGUCCCCAACUAAAUUGGUUACUUUGCAAUGUAACCAAAGCAACAAUCUUUCAAAGCUGAAUAAAAACUAUGUAAACACAGGCUGUCAGAUAAGACUGCUGCUGCCAUUUAAGCUUUAUUUUUGUUAAUGAACCAAAAUGCGUGGGUUUUUCUCUUUCAAGCUGCUGUAUAUAACACAAUAUAUUUCAUCCUUUUUUAUUGUGGAGUAGCUGCUUGCAUAGCCAUAGUAAGUCUUCCCCACCCUCCCCCACCUUCCCUUUCUUUCAUCUUGUCACCCCAUCUGGUCCUGUAUUUCUUUGACUGUUCCUUCCCUUUCCCCCCAGAUUGUUCACAGGAAACUGGGCUUGGUUUUUAACCCACCAUUGUAAUAUACGUUUAAAGGGAGGUGCCUGUAAGCUUAAUAGCACCUUCAAAAAUUGCAUUGGUUUUGGUGAUUGGUUUGAAGCUUUCAUAACUUCCAGUUGUCACUUUCCUUCUAGAAGAAUUGGUCACAAUUGCCUAAAAUGCAGUUGAAUUAGCUGGAAAGGUUAUUGCUGGUAGAGGCAUCUGUUUGUAUUAGCUGUGAGUUCUGGACUAGGGUUUGCCUCUUACUAUGAAGCACCUAUCCAAAAGUAGGGAGGGAGCCAGUUCUGCAGGUUGUCAAAUAGGUGUAUAUCCCAUUGUCUCUAAUGAGACCACUCGCUUGAGUAAGGACUUUGCAGGAUUGGGUUCUAGAUUGGUAAGCAAGAAGGAAGAUGGACAAAAUAAACGUUAACUAGUUAAUGGAAAAAAAUCCCUUGUUUACUCGGGACAGAAGUCUAACUGGGGACAAGAAAUGAAGAACAAGAGAGAAGUGAUUGAUUAAAAAACAAAACAAAACAAAA